UUGAGCUACGAAACCUUUAGAAUUAGGUGAAGAUGGAGGAUUCCAUCGCGUAAAAUAUUCUGUAAUUUCUGGUAAAUUUCAAUUCUUUCGAUGGGGUUGCUAAGGAAAGAAACUAUCUUGAUGAAUCUUCAAUAGCUCUGGAUUUUGCCCUGGGUUUUAGGUUUGGUGUUUGAUCCCUCUCUCUUGCCUUUAGAUUUAUAGGGUUUGCAAUGAUGGUUCUCACAUUUCUUGAAAAAGUAGAAAAGAUUGCUCAUUUCAAUAUCUGCCUCGCGUUAUCCUCCAUUGCUCAUCAAAACCAAGUUUCAAGGUCCAAACUUUCUCAUGUUUACAAUACAGUCCGGUGUUUUCAAAGUAGUAGAUUUGUAUCUGGGGAUAAAAAAUCUUCUUUAAGGCAUUGGUCUCAGUCACCCACGCGGGUUUUUGGCAAUCGGGUUUCACGAUCUAUGAAGAAUGAAGCUCAAAAAGCUCUCUUGGAUUACUUGCAUAACACUAGAGCUCUUAGUUUUGUUGAUGCAGAGCAUAUAAGUAAUAACUCCCCUCGUUAUAUUAGGGCUUUAUUGUCCAAGAUUGAUACUCGUAAGGAGGAUAUAUCUCGGUCUUUGGCUAGGUUUCUAAGGUACAAUCCCAUCAACGAGUUCGAACCAUUUUUCGAGAGUUUGGGUCUGCGUCCAUCUGAGGUUUCGCGUUUUCUCCAACGGGACAUGGCGCUUUUGAGUGACGACGGUGUCAUGUUUGAGAAUUUCCGUGUCCUUAGCAACUAUGGUAUACCGCGUAGCAAGAUUGGCCGUGUGUAUAAAGAAGCAAGAGAGAUUUUUGGAUACGAGGAUGGUGUUUUGGCAUCAAAACUUGAAGCUCAUGAGAGCUUGGGUCUUAGCAAGCCUAUAGUCAUUAAGCUUGUUAUUUGUUGCCCGUCUCUUCUGGUUGGUGAAGUUGAUUGUGAGUUUGUUUCUGUGGUCAAUAAGUUGAAGGGAUUAAACAUAGGAUGUGAUUGGCUUGGUGGGUAUUUGUCGGAUGGAAAUACAUAUAACUGGCGCCGGAUUCUUGAGACAAUGGAGCUUCUUGAUAAGUUGGGGUUUAAAGAGGAGAAGUUGAGUAGUCUUUUGAAAACGUAUCCAGAUUUGGUGGGUGAAACUUCUGGGAAUAAAGCUUAUGUUAUGUUUGAUAAGUUGCAGAAAGUGGGACUUGAGAUGAGUGAAAUCGAUAGGUUAGUGAUUGACCACCCAGAUAUGUUAUUAGAGAUCUCUGUGAAAAGAAUUUUGGAGGCUUUGAAAUUCUUGAUACGUAUCAGAAUGGAGAGGCAGUUUAUCGUUAGGUUUUUACUGCAGCACAUGAAGCUUAUCUGUUCAUCACCUCUGGUAGGACCAAAAGCUGUUUAUAUGAGGUUGAAAAUCGGAAGAGACGAGUUACAUGGGAUCAUUAAGGAAGAUCCUUUGAAAUUGUUCACUUUAGCUUCUAAGACAACAACAGAUAGAAGAAUUGAACUUGAUUCACUGGAUUUGAGGAACGCAGAGAAGACAGCAUUCUUGUUGAAGCUAGGAUACGUAGAGAAUUCUGAUGAGAUGGUGACUGCUCUGAAGAAGUUCCAAGGGAGGGGAGAUGAGCUACAAGAGAGAUUUGAUUGCCUUGUGAAAGCUGGUCUGGACUACAAUGUGGUUACCGAGGUUGUUAAGCGGGCUCCUCAUAUACUCAGCCGGCCUAGCCAUAUCCUAGAAAAGAAGAUCAAUAUUCUAACAGAUUAUUUAGGUUAUCCAGUUGAAACUCUUAUUGAAUCCCCAACAUAUUUGUGUUAUAGUAUUGAGAGAAUACAUCAGAGAUUCUCAAUGUAUAUUUGGUUGAGGGAAAGAGAGGCAGUAAUACCGAGGCUGACACUAGGCACUAUAAUCGGUAUUUCUAAUACCAGGUUUUUGGCAUACUUUGUUAAUAGCCACCCUGAAGGUCCAGCUGCUUGGGAAAGUAUAAAGAAAGCAUCUACCUAAGGGCCGGUUAGUAACAUAGCAUUUUGAUUCAUUGCGGUGGAGAGAAAAGAAUAUAUGUUGAUCAUCGUGAAGCAUUUUCAACGUUGAGUUCUGUAACCCAUGUUCAUAAGACCCACUAAUGGAACAAGGAAGGACUUGGGGAAAGCGGAAAGAACAGAGAUUCUCCUUGAGUAUAGCUAAUGUUGAUUCACUACUGAACUCAGUGAGGUGAUUCUUCGACUGGUCUGGAAAGGUCAGCAAUUGUUGACUUCUCAGCCCGUCCUUCGUUUAUACCAUCUCUUCUAUGGCUACCAAAAGAAGGAAAGGCACACCGGACAUACUUCUGAGAUAUUAUGAUGCAACUUGAAAUGCUCUCUUUGUUGAAAGAGCAUUUAGCAUUGAUCAGGACCAAAGAGAACAGCUAACAACUAUUUAAUGGGGCAUACUUGUGACAGUUCUUGUCCAGAAUGCAAUAUUAUUACAGGUUGUUUGGAACAAUGGCUUUUGUCCUUUACUCUUGGCCACGACUAGUCCAUCUCUUGCAACUAUCUAAAGAUAUCUAUGACAAAAGACCAUGUGUU